GUUUUCCAACGGACAUUCUUCCUUGUAGCACGGGUAUAUCACGUGGUCAGUUGAGUAGUCGUGCUUGAUUUUUUAAAUAUCAAAUUUAUACCAUACUUUGGAGGUUCAAUAAGAGCGUGUGUUGGUGCUUAGCAGUGUAUAUAAGAUUCGAGUCCGCUUGUUGCAAUGAAAAUCAAACGGCAGAAACAAGCAAAGAAAACUAUUAGUUUUUAUAAGUACAACUUCAGUUUUAGGGAACCAUUUCAGAUACUUCUCGACGGCACGUUUUGCCAAGCAGCUUUGAAGAAUAAAAUUCAAAUUAAAGAGCAGAUGCCAAAAUACCUGAUGGGAGAGGUGCAGUUGUGUACCACCAAUUGUGUUUUGAAGGAACUUGAGUCGCUGGGGAAGGAACUUUAUGGAGCUAAAAUCAUCUUGCAGCGUUUCCAGAUUAGGAACUGCUCGCACUUUAAGAAUUCUGUCCCAGCUUCACAGUGUCUUCUGUCAAUGCUAGACGCCAACAAUCCCCACCACUACUUCAUAGCGUCUCAGGACCAUGAGUUAUCCGCAGCUGUGAAGAAAGUUCCUGGAGUGCCUCUUCUGUACAUCAUACUGAAUACCAUUGUUUUGGACAAACCUUCCCUGCGCUCGGUUACCCACGUUCAGGCAGUGCAGUCAGGAGAAUUGGUGACUCCACAGCAGCAGCACAGCAUUUGCAGACUUAAGGAAGAGCAGGGUAUUGCACGAGACGGGGCUAAAGGAUGCCACAAAAAACGCAAAAGAAAAGUCACAAAUCCAAACCCACUCAGCUGCCUGAAGAAGAAAAAGAAACCUGGAGUACCGACACCAAAAACGACGGAUGACGAGAAAAAGAAACGGAGUCGAAACAAGAGACGCAAAAUUUCUGGAGCGCAGGGUCCCAAUCAUACAACUCAAGUCAGCACCAGCUAGGGAGUGAUGUGUUUGUGGUAACCUUCCCAUUACGUUACAUUUGUUGCCGUGUAAAGGGAAAUAGGCUGAUGCAAAUUCCACGAGCAAAAUGGAUAAUGGUUUUCUUAUGCGGGACCUGAUGGAUAGCCUGCAUGUACCUUCCCCCUCUACUGUCUGGUUGACAUCUGUUAGGUACCGAGACCUCACACACUCCCACAGGAAACUACCAACCAUGUACGUUACAUUAUCCAGGAUUUCAAAAAGGACAAGUUGAUGCAUUUUGUGUAACCAAGAGUGGCCUCAUAAAGCAGCAGAUUUAAGUGUAUAUGUAUCCUGAAAUGAAUGUUCAAAAUGUAAAUUUUCUUGGAAAAUUGAGUAAUUAUGGCAUAUCAUCACCAGACAAAAUUCUGUACAUUCUUUUGAAUUAAAUUAUAUUUCAGAGCUA